CUGCAGGAGGAUGGAAAGGAGGACCUGGGCUCACACCUGCCAACUACCUAUACAUCUUUGAUUUGUUCUCAUCUACUUACUGACCAUCCAUCAUGUGUUAUACACUGCUCUAGGUGCUCAGAUGCUCCCUGAGUGACCAUAUUGAACAAAACUCCAUCUAUCUGAUCACAAUCUGUGUUUACACAAGAUGCACAGGCAUAGUCAAGUCUGAGAACUGCUGUUACUGGACAUUUGAUCCCCUGCAGACAGAAGCAAGAGGCAUGGUUAGGUGGGGGAAUUUCACAAUAAACAGGACUGACCCAGCUCCUCCCCUGUCUCACUCCCUUCCUCAUCGCCUGAUGCAACCUCUCAGCCAGGAUAUUAAAAUCCCAGUUCAUCCCCAGCAUCCACAGGAGCCCUCCUGCAAGGCCAUGAAGAUGAGCCGGCUCUGCCUCUCCGCAGCCCUUCUCUUCCUCCUGGUUAUCCUGGUGGACAGCACCCCGGUGUAUGAACAGUAUACCCAGGACCAAGGUCUUGUGAUGAUUUCUGGAAAGCAACUGGAGAAACGUUCAGUAAAGGAGCUCCCAACAGCAGUACUCCAAGAAGAGAAUAAAGCAACUUCUAGGCCUGCUUUCUGCCUGGAGCAUAAAUUCUCAGGUCCCUGCAUUACCCUGGAGAUCAGAUACUUUUACAAUGCCAAGACUGGGCACUGUGAGCACUUUAUAUAUGGUGGCUGUAAUGGAAAGAAGAACAACUUCCUCACUGAAGAGGAUUGCAUUAAGACCUGCGGUCAAGGGGCAGGGUCCCCGUGAGGACAUGCGAAGAGUGGUCCCCAGAAACUCUGAAGUCUGAGAUGGAUCCCUGCAGCACUGAGCUGUGGCUGCUUCUGAAUCAGUUCAGUUUCCUCAUAGUUCUUUUGUCCCCUACCCUCCUCAGCAGAACCUGCCUGUUUCCUUUCCUCCAUGGGUCUACAUGCCUUACUUCUUUCUCACCCAGUUGGCUCUAAGAUUCAUGAGAUAUAGUCUUCCCUUUAUCCUGAGCACUUAACACAGUUUCUGGCACCAAGGAGACAGUUUAUAAUUCUUUGAGGAAGGAAGGAAUGAAGAAGCACAUUCCUCCCGACCCAGGCAACUAUAGAGCCUGUGGUUUGACACCAGGAUUCUUGUCUUAACCCACAUCCGCAUGACAUCUUCACCUUUAUCCCCCUCCACACCUUAACUGCUCUCCUUGUGGCUGGCCAGGGUGGUAUUUCUGGCCUCCAGUCUCAGCAUCAGUAACGAGAGAAGUCUUUGCAAUAAACAACAAGCUCUUUCCCCUAACAAUGAUGUUGCAGUUUCUCUUUCUGUAGCUUCAAACCUCGUGGCUUAUAUUUCAAUAAAUGCAUAUUCAAAAUCAAA